AUUGCUUUUAAUAACGGCAUACACAAUUACACGGGGACUCAAUGAGCCAUCCUUAUCACGAGUGUGCGCGUACAUAUAUUGACUGUGUACACAUCUAUACAUUUUUAAAGUUUUAAAUCACGCAACGAGAGAUUUAUGUCAGACCUAUCGGGAGCGUGAAGUCUGUAUUUACCGUGCAGUAGAAUUGGUCGCCCCAUUAUUUACUUCCGUGGAAAUCGGUUUUCUUCGCUAUCCAACAAACACAUGUAAUUGAUUCAAACGCUGGUUUCGCUAAUAGAGACCGGGCGUAUAGAACCGCGCUGAGAAAAAAAAAAUGUCAGAGGAUAUCAAAAAUAUGUCGGACGAUCAGGAACCAGAAAGUUACGAUGUGUUACUAAGGAACGGAGUGAAACCAAAUGACUUUUACAGUAACGGAAAGUCAAAGAUGGACUGUCCAAACUUCAAGUUGGAAUUAUUACAGAGUGAAUACAUCAGAAUCAGACGAUAUCUAUAUGGAUUAACGGCGGUUGUAGUGACUGGAAUUUUGAUACUAAUUGUAGUGGUAGCUGUUUUAUUUGGGAAAUUAAGUCAUGACUUGGUCAAUCAUGAACAUAAACCAAAAGUAGGGGAACAGAUCUCGGCGAUGCAGAAAGAGAAUGAACUAUGUGUUCCAUGUGCUAGCAUUAGGUCGGGUCCAAGUGUCGAAGAAAACAAAGUCUUAGACGAAUUUGCCAGAAAGUAUGAAGAAAACAUUGAAAUGUGCUGUGUGGAAACUCCGUCAGAACUUCUGCUUAUGUUGGAAUUGUUCAUUGAAAAAAGAUACAGAGAAGAAUCGGCAAAAGGUAACGUUCCACGUACUGGUGAACUGGUUUCAAUUGAAGGACAACAAACGGCAGCUCAUCUGCUGGGCUCUCAAGAAAGACUAGACGAAGACAUUGGUCCAGGCACGCGGUUUUCUGUACCACACUGGAUUUACGACAAGGAUAUUGCAUUCCUAAGUAACAUGAAGUAUCGUCACGGAAGACUAGUAGUGCCCUCUGACGGUUAUUACUACGUCUACAGCCAGGUGUCGUUCGUGGAACUUUACUCCGGAAGUAAUCCCGCUACCCAAUCAUCGUCCAUCUCUCAUUAUUUGUGUCGCUAUAAUAUUAUCUACCCGAACGGAGGCGAGGAAAUUCUGGCUAAAAAUGCCGCCAGCAAAGCGUCUAAUAGCAAAGUUGUCGGAGAAUAUAGCAGCCACAUUGGAGCGUUAUUUAAAUUGCGAAGAGACGACGAAGUGUACGUUAAAGUCUCGGAUUUAUCUCUUAUGGUUCGUGAUGUCAGGAGAAACUACUUUGGUAUCUUUAAGUUGUCUAAUAUCACACAAAACGAUUAAAAACUACGGACAAAAUCCACUUUUCAGCGUUUGUCAUUCUUUAUAAAUGCCUUCAUUCAUUUGUAAAAACCUGUUUCAUGAGAGUGAUUGCUUUUUGGACAUUAUAGAAACAGUAUCAAAGUAAAGAGAGACAAAUUAUGCUUUUUUUAAAAAAUGUAUGCAAGUAAUUAUUAAAUGUUUAUGGGUUAUUAGUUUGAAAUCAAGAAUUUUGAAAAAGGAAAAAAAUCUCAUUUUCAGUUUAAUUUGUAACUCCUCGACUUUUUUUUGCCUAAUUGGAGCUUACAAAGAAAUGUGUUCCGAAUUGCAUAUUGCAAUAACUAGUAUAUGUCGGUUGUCAAUCAUACUGUAAUACUAUAGUGAUUUGAAAAUGAACAAGUAUACAUGUAUAAUUUGUUGGUUGAGUGAGAGAGAGAGAGAGAGAUUAUUACAUAGGUAUAUGAGAUUUUAAGACUAAGUAUUGUAAGUUAGUGCCAGCAUGUUAGGGGAGGGUCAGUGUGCUUGGAUUUGUUUGUGAGGAAAAUAUGGUUUUUAGAGAAAUCUAUGUAAUUUGUUCCCAAUUUGUUCUCGGUGAUUGUAACUUGUUUAUUUGAGUUUAUACCUUGAGUGAUAGCUUGCUUGUUCUUAUAUAAAAAAAACUGCCGAUAUAGUCAGCUUAAAGAGUGUUCCAAUAGUAUGCUCUUUGAUAUCAAGAAGUUUUUCAGUAUUUUGUAAAUGCGUAUUAAAAAGUCAGGAGAAUUACCUACAGAUAGCUUUUGUUUAGUAGAUAAUAUAAGUAUACUGAAUUAAAAGUACAAUGUAGUUCAUCCCAAAAAAUAUAUGUAAUAUAUGCGAUAACAGGUUUGUGACAUUGUUCUCUCUAUCAAUAUAUUUUACUGAAUGCUUAUCAGUUAUGUGUUUGUGGAUUAGAGGGUUUUGACUUUUUGUCAACGAUAGAAAUUCUUUCUUAGUUUUUCUUUUGUUCCUGGCUUGAGAAGCCAGUUUUUAUUUAAAAAAUUAGUUUUGUUCCCAAUGUAGUGAUUAAUGUAUUUUUGUAUCGAAACUGACGCAAUGUCGAAGAAAUAAAUAAAAUUUACAAGUGUGA